AUGGACACGGUCAACAUUGACACGCUCAAGGGCAAGCUCCAGGGCCUGCGGAUUCCCGAGCUCAAGAUCAUCAUCAAGGCCAUGAACUUGAGCUCGUCGGGCCGGAAGCAGGAGCUCGUCGACCGCAUCUACGACAAGGUCGCGGCCUACCAAACAGGGCUGGCGCAGCAUGCGAGCCAGUCGGAGACGCACGCGACGUUCUACAAGCAGCAAAUGGCCAAGGCGAUCGCCGUCAUGAACGAGCAGUUGGGAUUUCGCGCGAGCGAGGCGCGGGGUCACGUCCAUCAUGUGCCCGAUCGCUCGCCUGUUUACAAGACGCCGAUCCACGCACUGAACCCGGUGGCGCGCCAUGGCUGGAGCAACGUGCCGUUGCAGAUGCCGCCCAACCUCCUGAACGGCGGGGCGAUCUUUAAUAACGAGAUGCAUCCGCCACCCGUGCCUGUCGCCGCGUCAAGCAUUGGGUCGGCGCGCUGCGUGUGUCACGGCCACGGCUAUCUGAGCACUGCAACGACCAAGUGCAAAUCGUGCGCGCUCGUGGUGCACGACAAGUGCCACAACCUCACGCCGGACAAUGGAGACUGGUGCUGCGAAACCUGUCGCUCCAAGUCGUUCGACCCGUUUUUCAAGGUCCUCGAUACGCUCGGGCAACCGAGUUGUCUUCGCUUCAACAUCCCCCGGUCUCAGACCUUGACGUACGACUUGACCCCGAUGGACUUGGAAGCGCUCCGGCACAAUCAAGGCACGGUUGCCGGCGCCACCGAGCUCCAACUGCGCUGCUUUGCGCUCAGCCACACCCUUGCCGAGGGCCACGAAUGGCCGACCAUGACCCAGAUUAGCGUCAACGGCUGCCCCGUGCAGAUUGUCCAGCGAGCCAACCCGGGCCAGACCAACGUAUCCAAGGUGCUUCGGGAGCUGCCACUCAACCUCGUCCUGCACUCGCGCCCUGGCCGCAACGUAAUCGACAUCCGUGGCUCGGACCAGUACGGCUUGAUGUUCGGCCUGCUCGUGCAGCGCGUCGUCCGCGAAUCCCUCGACAGCCUCGUUGAGACCGUGAUCCAAAACUCGACCAACAUCACGUACGAGGACGCCAAGCAAACCGUGAUCCAGUCGUUUGGCAACGACGACGACGACGAUAUCGUCGCCAUGUGCACGAUGCUCUCGGUGCGGUGUCCGCUCAGCCUCGGCGUGAUCCAGCUCCCGGCGCGCGGCCUUCGCUGCCAGCACCUGCAGUGCUUUGACCUCAAGACCUUUCUCAUGUUCAACAAGUCGGCGCGGUCCCGCGCGUGGAAGUGCAUCGUGUGCCACAAGUUUAUCCCGCUUAACGAGCUCCGCAUCGAUCCUUUUUGA